CAACUAAAAAACUUGCGCGUGAAUUUUUAUUUUUUUUAUUUCUUUUCUCCCUCUCGAUCUCUCUCUCUUUCUCUCUCGAUGUUGUUCUCGUUAUCUCCGAUGGCGAAACAAAAGGAUCUCCAUAUCUAAUCAGCCAUGUCGUUAGAUUUUAGAGGAGAAUCUUCCGCUGGUCAUCAUCUACAAUCGGAGUUUGGUUGGUCACGAUCUGCAAAGGAAGAGUUUGGUGAACCAAAUCAAUGGUCAAUGAUUCAAUCUGUCUCUCGAUGCUCCAAUCUCUUUCUGAUGAUGGUUCUAUGCUUCUUUUUUGCUGAGAAUUACAUAAUUAAGGUAGGUCAUCUUAGACAUGGGAAUCCAGAAACUUUUAUGGGAGGUGGCAAAGAAAUCAUUCGCUGGAGAUGUUCAAUUGUUGGUGAUGAUGAUUUUGUACUUGUGGACAAAUUUUGCCUCAAGGAUUACAAGUUUGCGCGUGGUGAUGUUGUAGUGUUCAGGUACUAGAUGAAUGGUUAGAGUAUUCACAAUGUCAUUAAAAUGUAAAACUAAUCACUAGAACCUUGCAGAAAAAAAAAAAAAGAAUUUCUAUUUGGGGUAACGGAACCACGCACCAAAUAUCCCAACAUUUUUGGUGGCUUGUUGACUGCCGCGAUUGCGUCACUUGCU